UCCAGCGUUUCUUUUUCUCCGAUCUCAAUCGACGAAACUCCGAGUAUACUCAUUCGACGAAUCGGGGAUUCUUCUUCUUCUUCUCUGGUUUCGUUGCUUCACUGAUUCUUGCUCUCGAUCAUGCGUUGGUGCUUUUCUUCUAAUUCGUGAGAACGAUGAAUCCUUUGUGCUGCAUUGCUCCGGUUUCGAUCGAUCGGGACAGGGCGAAUCCCGUAGCUACGAAAUCGCCAACUCACUGCCAGCUAGGGCUCGAUGCGUCGGUCAGGACGGUGAACGGCGGCUCCAAAUCGAGCUCCUCUGCGCCGGAUUCCUCUCAUGGCGGUGGCGAUUCUCUGAAGUCGUCUUCCGGCGGGAACCGCGGCGAAGAGGAGGAUUUGUCAACGACGACGGCGGAGCCCCGGGAGUCGAAGGUGUUCGGUGGCGGGAACGGAGUGGCCGGAAGCGUGGCCGGAAUCUUGUACAAGUGGGUGAACUACGGGAAAGGGUGGAGGUCGAGGUGGUUCGUGCUGGAAGAUGGAGUGCUUUCGUACUACAAGAUUCAUGGUCCGGAUAAGAUCGUGGUGAGCCCAGCGAGGGACCGGAGCGUGAGAGUGAUCGGCGAGGAGUCAUCGAAGUUCGUGAAGAAGAACAAUUGGAGCCUGAAUCGAGUAGCAGGAGUUAGUGGUGGCAACUCUACUAAGCAAUGCAAGCCCUUCGGUGAGAUACACUUGAAGGUUUCUUCGGUUCGGGCUAGCAAAUCUGAUGAUAAGCGGCUAUCCAUAUUUACCGGGACAAAAACUCUACACUUGAGGUGUGUAUCUAGAGAAGACAGAGCUAUGUGGAUUGAGGCCCUGCAGUCCACGAAAGAUCUUUUUCCUAGAGCUCUAACAAGUAGUGAUCUUGCAACUCCAGAAGAUAUUGUAGUUUCAACUGAGAAGCUGCGAUCUCGAUUGUCAGAGGAAGGCAUAAGUGAGGCAGUUAUUAAUGACUGCGAGUCUAUUAUGCUCUCCGAAGUCUCUUAUCUUCAAGGCAAAUUGAAGUUUCUUCAGCAGAAACAUGUAAUGUUGCUGGACACCUUAAAACAACUAGAGACAGAGAAAAUAGAGUUGGAAACCACUGUAGUGGAUGAAACAAAGGAGCGUGAAUCAUAUUGUGGACAAGGGAACAGAAGAUUUAGUGAUUUCUAUUCUGUCAUGUCGGAGGGCAGUGCUACUGAUUCAGUAGCGGAUAAUGAAAGUCAAGACGGAGCAGAUGUUGAAACUGAUGAUGAUGAUGGUGCAUUUUUUGACACAAAUGAGUUUUUGUGUUCAGAUGCCUUAAGAAGUGCUUCUUAUCGAAGUAGGGAGGGUAUGACAAAUGCAAGCAUACAUGAUAGAGAUUGUUUACUUUCUGAUGGUUUGCAUGGGUUUGAGAAGGGAAUCAAAGAUGUAAGCUAUCCAUAUGUCAGAAGAAGGGAUAACUUACCAGAGCCAAAAGAAAAAGAGAGGCCUGUUGGCUUGUGGUCAAUUAUUAAAUCUUCAUUGCAAAAGUGUUUUGAAGAUUUGGAGUAUUCAUAUCUAGUUGAUAGAGCAUUGGAAUGGGGAAAGCAGGAGAAUGAUUUGAUGAGAAUCCUAAAUGUUGCAGCUUUUGCUGUGUCCGGCUAUGCAUCCACUGAAGGUCGGCAGUGCAAACCUUUCAAUCCUCUACUUGGGGAGACAUAUGAAGCUGACUAUCCAGAUAAAGGUCUCAGAUUCUUCUCUGAAAAGGUUAGUCAUCAUCCCAUGGUUGUUGCUUGUCACUGUGAGGGAAGAGGAUGGAAGUUCUGGGCGGACUCUAACUUGAAAGGGAAAUUCUGGGGGCGUUCUAUUCAGUUAGAUCCUGUGGGUGUCCUCACCCUACAGUUUGAGGAUGGUGAAACAUUUCAAUGGAGCAAGGUCACCACUUCAAUUUACAAUAUCAUACUAGGUAAAAUUUAUUGUGAUCACUAUGGUACAAUGCGCAUCAAGGGCAGUGGCAACUACUCUUGCAAACUGAAGUUCAAAGAGCAAUCUAUCAUAGAUCGAAACCCACACCAGGUCCAUGGAUUUGUUCAAGACAACAGAACCGGAGAGAAGGUAGCAAUGUUGAUUGGGAAAUGGGACGAAGCAAUGUACUAUGUCCUUGGGGACCCAACUACAAAGCCAAAAGGUUAUGAUCCAAUGACAGAAGCUGCAUUAUUGUGGGAAAGGGACAACUGCAGCACCAAGACAAGAUACAACCUCUCUCCUUUUGCAAUAUCAUUGAAUGAAAUAAUGCCCGGCAUGAUAGAGAAGUUACCUCCCACUGACUCAAGGUUGAGACCCGAUCAAAGACAUUUAGAAAAUGGAGAAUAUGAGUUGGCGAAUGCAGAGAAAUUAAGACUAGAACAGUUGCAGAGACAGGCAAGAAAGAUGCAGGAAAGAGGAUGGCAGCCUAGAUGGUUUCAGAAGAAUGAGGAUGGGUCUUACCGAUACAAGGGUGGCUAUUGGGAAGCAAGAGAAAAGCAUAGUUGGGAUGGAAUCCCUGAUAUAUUUGGACAGAGUUGUGAUUUACCUUCAUGUUCUGAAGAUACUAUCAUUACUCUGUCCUAACUUCUAAUAUUGCUGCUUAGUAACGCUUUAUUUAUUCACAGCUGUCAAAUAUCUCUCACGUUUUGCUAAUUGUGUAUUUGGAUGUAGGUUGUAAGUUAUAAAAAACUUCCCAUCAGAAAAGUCUUAGCUUACUAAAA